AUGCCACCCAAGACCCAAGACGCAGACUCUGGGAUGGCGGACAAGCCCAUCGCUGAUUCCAACGACGACAUCACACAAGUCUCGAAGCGGCACGAUGUUAUGAACUAUGUUCUUUGCCAGGAUGCCACACUUUGCAAGAGAGACUUCGCCACGUUGACUCUCAGUCCAGUCAUGGUCAAAUACUUCUGCUUGCUACGUAAUAACGUGACUGCCAAGUCUAUCAUCCAGCAGGCGUUGUACUAUCUUCGCAACUUCAGUACGAUGACAGAUGAGGAGGUGAGACAAGAUCUUCAAUGCAGAGGCGACGCUUCCACGGCGUUUGCGAAGUGCAGCCCCAAACAACGUGCCAUAGCAGAGAUACUUUGGCUUUGGAAGUUCGACUUGCAAGCGUGGGAGGAGGAUCGGUCGCGGGACUCUGAAUAUGACCAGUACUACGACCAGCUGAUCACGGACAUGAAUGCGUCGCCCAACAAGGACCAGCAGAGACCGGCCUACACCCUCGAUUCGAUCUCCUCCGACGUUCGCAAAGGCCCCGACAAGCUUCCCCCUGGGCUCACAGAUGAGGAAUGCAAGAAGCAUGGAGAGAUUCCGACCCUGGAAGUCUGCAACAGACUGUGGGUGUGGUAUUGGCACGCGAAGCAACAUUGUAUCUCGGGAGCGCGUAUUACGACGGGUGCCUUUCUUAAAGACAACAACGGUGACAAGUACAACUGUCGACCGCCCAAGUGGUGGGACGAUGAGGGUGAAGUCAACGACAAACCCCAUCCGCUUGCCUUUGCAGAAGCGCAAGGACUCUUCGAAAAAGAGGAAGAGGAACUGCACGACUUCAAGGCCAUCCGAUGCACUGUCAAGAUCCGAGCGAAGAAGGUAUUCAAGGAGGCAGCAGUGGCGCUGGAGGAUGACGAUCUGGAAGUCCCGAUGAUGCCACCAGACUCCAUCGAGAUCGAGAACCCAUGUCAGUAUCGCGAUCUUGCGGAGUGGCGAGACAUUAUCCGCACAAAGUUCAACAUAGAGCCGUGGAAGGCCAAUUUGGUCGACAUCAGAGUCUGUCUGACCAUGGGCGACGGCAAAGAGACGGAAAAGGUUGUGUGGAGCGACAGCGAAUGGAUGUCCUAUGACCAACUCUUCGAGUGUCUUCAGAUCGAAAACCUUGAAGAGGCGGCAUUCUCCGUGCGGUUCAGAAUCGAUGGAUCCACCACAUUCGAAUGCUCUCGGCUCGCUGCGCAUCUUCGAAAGCACCUGCACCCAGAUCCCCAGGAUGGCGAUGUCGCAUUGGAAUCUGAACCAGAAGACGCCUCAGAGGACGAGCUGGCAAGAAUUCUUGCCCUUCUAGCAAGGGGCGAAGUGCAAGAGCCAAACGACCCAGAGGAAGACAUGUCAUUGGGUCCCGAGUCUUCAACAAUUCUUGCCGAUGAAGACGACUACGAGGAAGAGCGGGAGGAGGAAGACCCAACCCCUCCAACCUACGUCGUACCAUCCGUCGAAGAUGUCGAAGAAGACGACGCCACAGAGCAUCCCAAGCCAAGCGCCAGGAUGGAGCAAACUGCGGAGACACGUGCUCAGAGCUCCACUCCCACCAAGAACUCUCGCCCACCGUCACCCAAAGCCGACUUCGCUGCACGCGUAGAAGACAAAGAUGUGGCCGAUUGGAUAGAGAGUAUACGGGAGGGCGACAGGGAGGCAGGCCGGCAAGGCCAAGAGAGAGGCCGAGAGGUCUUCCACGAACUGAACAACAAGAUGAGGGCGUUGGCCAUCCAAUCCGCGCCCCCGAGAAAAGAACUAUCUUCGUUGCCCAAACUCCCACCACAACGUGGAAAUCGCGGCAAGUACUCUGGCCCUCGCCUCCAGGACGAUGGGGUCAAGGGAAUGAAGAAGGCUUUGAAAGCAUCACAAGUGAGAGGUCAGAAAGCCAAGAAGGUCAUGGACGACAUGCUGCGACAUCAACGAACCAGACGUAUCCGCAAUAGCCGUCACAAUGGGUCCAACUACAACUCACGGAGCCGACCCAACCUGCAUAGCCCGACCGAGCCGUCUGCGGGUUUAGAGGGAGACCAAUUCGGCCGCAGCCAUGAACAGUUCAUCAAGGAGGAGUACGACGGCUACGACGUCAUCAACGACAAGCGUGCGAAGAUUGAGUGGAUGCGGUAUGCCAUUAACAUGAGCGUGGGCCAAUCUCAGGCACCACAGAAGAAGUGGGGGACUUCCUUUGCAGUGCAAGACGUCGCCCACGCUAUGGAUGCGAAUAUGCGGCAGAACGCCCUCAAUCGCAACGCCGACUCAAACGAGGACCCCAAGAAAGGCGACGAGUCUAAGGCCGACAAGGUAUCAGACGUCGAUGUAGAAGCCGCGCUUUUUGGUGCUACUGGACACCCUGGACCGGCUCUCGACUUGUGCUUGAAGCUCCUGGGAAUGGAGAAGACGGUCAAGCAUGGAAACAUGUGGAAGUAUCGUUCCAAAAAGUACAUGGACGACUGCAAAGUCGACCUGCUCCCAACACAAAUCACCGGGAUGGUGCAUAUGCUGUGGCGCACGUUGGGUACUUUCCCACUCAGCAAAGAGCAGCAGAAGGAGCGCCCAUACUUUGAGAACAUCGUCAAAAUGCUCAACUACGACUCACCUCUCACCCACGGCGGCAUUCUCGGCGACUCCCCGGGCAUGGGCAAGACAUACACAACUCUGGCCUUCUUCAAUUGGUAUGCGCAACAUGCAGAGCACGUCGACGAGGAUGGCAACCCCGAUCAUCGUCCCAGCGUCCUAGUCGUCCCCGAUGGCGUCGUGUUUCAUCAAUGGGUCACUGCUGCAGCGCGGAUGUUCCCAAAGAUCAACCUGAUCGCCUGCAAACCCGGCGAUCCAUGGCCGCAGAUGAACGAGACUCACUCGCCAUUCGAAUAUCUGAGCAGCGAGCAGACCAGGGAUCCGUGGAGCAAGAAGUCUGGCUUUCCGACCGGGCUGCAGUACGUCUUCGACAACACCGAUCCACGAGCUUCCAGAGCCCUUUUCGUGGCCCCGUACAAGACAUGGUUGAAGCGUGUCGUGGAUCUCAGUGAUGCGCCUCUGCUCCUUCAAGACGUCCGACCUCUGCGAGACAACUGUAUGACAGUGAAGCUCAACGCAGACGAAAAAGAGAAGCUUGGCAGGGAAGAGAUCGUUCGAAUGUUUACUUGCCCAAAGUGGCAAAAUGUCAUGGUUGGCAUGGCCAUGUGCGACGAGGGUCACACCAUACGGAACCCAACGACCCACAUGCACUGGUCUGUUCGUGGCCUGCAUGCAAAGAAGAACUGGCUGUUGACGGCGACUCCCGUCAUACAGUAUGCUCCAGAAUUGGCAGACCUCUCCCGCGUGCUCUGGCCGUCAAUCUUGCAAGAUCUGAAGCGGCAUCCAAGAUGGAAGGACAUUGGGCCGAACUUCGAUAACAUUUGCGAGACUAUGCACCGAUCUCAACCGUGGAAGGCCAUCAACAGCCUCAUCGCCAAGGAGAACAUCCCACCAAACGACUCCCUGCAGCUGAUGUGUCUGGAACCCAAUGUGCUGCGUUGCCUGCUCGAGUCAAAAGACCUCAAAGCAAUCGCUGCAAACUUCAAGAAAUUUGACGACUUUCUCACAUUGCGUCGGUCUCCUGAGAGCAGCCUGCCGAACUUGAUUGGCCCAGACUUACCGCUCAAGUCCAUCAUGGUCGAACACAAGACCGUCACAUCGGGCCUCCAAUUUCGACAAGGCGCUGAAGAGAUUGAACAUCUCUACUGGCAUCGCCGUGCCAGCAAGAAGUACGAAGAGCUGUGCCAGCUGCAGCGCAACAAGUCCAAGUCGGCGAGACACAAGGUUCCACCGGUUUCCCCUGCGCUGCGACAGAUGAGCAUCGCGGCCGCAUCGAACCUACUAUCGAGAUUCGAGCGACAAAUUGUAGAGUUCACCAAGGGCAAUACUAACGUGGAGUCGAUCAAGAACUGGCGGGACUCUGGACUGGACGCAGACAUGUUGCUGUACAUCGCCAACGACGGCGAUACUAUCCGCAAGGGCAAGAAGUCCGAGCGGCCUUCCAGGGCUGAGCGUCUCUCGAAGCUCACAGAGGGUUCUCCGAAGCUUCGAGAGAUCUUGAUCCAUAUCCGCGACUAUGUCCUACCAAAGGAAGGCGAAAAGGGACCUCUCCGCUUCAGAAAGCUUCUCAUCACUGAAGAACUCCCCCUGGUCGCCUGGUUCUGGGAGCUUGCCCUCAACUUUCUGCAUGUCCACACCCAAGUGCUGCAUUCCGAACUCGAGGAACACGAGCGCGAGUUUGUGGUCGACCAGUUCAACAACCCGCCGGCCGAUGGUGACCUCUCGCACCUCACGGUCCUCGUGUUGCUAUACACCAUCAACGCGAGUGGUGUCAACCUGGAUUGGGAUUGCAAUCGCUGCAUUGUGGCAACCGCCGCCAGCAGCGCCCCGCUGGAGAUCCAAGCUUGGUCUCGGCUCAUUCGAGUGUCCCAGCAAAAGGAAGUCGAGAUCUUUCGGCUCUGUGUUGACAACUCGCACGAUGAAUGGCGCGAGGCAUCCCAAGCAAAUAAAGCUCUCAUCGACGCCGCCACCAAGGCGUUCUCUGGCCAGACCAAGAAGACGCUCGCGAAAUUGCUGAGUACCGACGGCAUUGAGGAGAUUGAGGACGUCAAGCGUACGGCACUUGGCAAAGCCAUCCAGGGAAUCUUCGAUGAUAAGCUGUUUGGUGAUGAUUUCGCAGAGGCGAGAGCGGAACUUUAUCAGAAAGUUCUGGAGAAUGACAUCAAGGAGAAGCUGUCAGAGGAAGACGCUGCCGAGUUGAAGCCGAUGGCCAAGACCACUGCGGACAAGCCCCAAACCCCUGAGCCAGAAUUCUUGCCGCCCAACACCGCCAAUCCAAAAGCAGCAACACCGUCUCGGGCAGGAAACUAUCGCGCACCAGAGCAAGAAUCCUUGCCGACGAACAAGCCCCAAACCCCUGAGCCAGAAUUCUUGCCGCCGAACACCGCCAAUCCACAAGCAGCAACGCCGUCUCGGGCAGGAGACGAUCGUGCAACAGAGCAAGAAUCCUUGCUGACAGACACGGGGACCGCUCCUCAGACCAGCACUCGUGCCGUUGCAGAAGCCAACUCGGCUUCAAGAAAGCUGCUGGAAGAGGAAAUGAAGGCACACGAAGAGGCAGCCGCGGCGAGGAUCAUCGCCACAGCCGAAGACGCAGUAUUGGAAGAAGUGGAAGACCCCAACGCCGGUGACGAGUGGCUGGGAGACGGCGGUGAUGUUGAUGACGAGGAAAUGAUCAAGACGGAGACCUUGAGGGAGCAGCAUCCUGCGACUGAAUGCGAGCGCCGAGAAGAGACUCGACAACUACAUCCCAAACACCAGAACGAACUCUCCAGCAAGUCUAGCAUUGGAGACAAGUGGAAGUCUCAUCUUGGGCAAAUGUCAAGCAACGAGAGGAAGACCCUCGACCAGGACAUCGUCUACACUCUUUACAUCUGUCAGAUUGAGGAGCCCAAGCGGAAGUACAAGGCGGAAGAGAUUGAGAAUCUUGACUCCAUCACCAUCGAGAGAGCCCUCCGGCUCUUGCACAGACACCGCUCCGGAAAGGAGCGUACCAAGUCGCGAGUUGCUCCACACUUGGACUACUCCAAAUUGGAACACGAGAAAGGCAUGGCGGUCAUGGCCAAAAUCAAGCAUGAGACAUGCCGGGCAGACAUCGAAGCGACCGCCGAGGCGUUUGGGUUCGCGAUCAAGUCGCAAAAGGAGCGCUCCGCCGAGGCGCUCAAGGAGGCCCAGACCUUGAAGGAGAUCAAGGAAGACAUGGCCAGAUCAUCAGGCCAGCGCAAGGCGCCAAAGUCGAAGACGACCAACUCGAAGUACAAGUCGAAAGCUACGGUGGAGGAUGAGGAUGAUGACAUGGACCUUGACAACAUCGACCUUAGCAGUCCGACUCUUCCAGGGAAGAAAUACAAGUCGAAAGCUACGGUGGAGGAUGAGGACAGCGACCUCGACAUCGACCACAUCCUCGACAGUCCGACUCUUCCAGGGAAGAAAUACAAGCCACAGCGAGACGGUGACUUGUUUGCCGACGGUGGUACUGGCGGCGCAGACGACGGCGACGAAGUCCUCGGUUCGGAUUCGCCUCAGAAGCCAACACUACGGACGUCCACGCCCUGGUUCCCGCAUACCAGCCCUGCUUUCGGAAGCCCAUCCCGUGCCUCUAGUCAAUUGGCUGAGCCAUCGACUGGGACUGAUGGCAAGAGGAGUUUGGGGGGAUACGGUCCACCAGAGCUUGACCAGGCAGAGAUCAUCGACAACUUCGAGCAGGAUAUGAAGAAGAAGACCACGGGCGAGCAGGAGCCGGGUAUGAAUGCGGAGGACAUGGCGGGGAGUGAGGAUGAGUUUAACUUGUCUGAAUUCGAGUAG